GUGUGUGUGUGUGUUCAGUCAGGCAUCAGAUUGUUGGGUCUGUGAUGUUGGGCUGAUGUUCAGUGCAGAACUGAAGUGACUCAGUCAGAACAGAAAGUUCUCCACACAGAAGACAUGAGCAUGUGGAUACUCAUAUUUGCAUAACAGGCAAGGUCAGGCAUGAAUGAAAGCAUGGCCAAAGUGUUUUUUCUGAGCUUGUUGCUUUGGCUGCUUGUACCUGCGGCCAGAUGCCAGAACAGAAGACAGUCUGGAGAAACACCGAACAACCUCACCACAAAACAGGACAAUGAGCUAGUAUGUCCUCUCGAGAUCGCAUUCAUCCUGGACAGCUCAGAGAGUGCGAAGAGCUUUCUGUUCGACCGAGAGAAAGCAUUCGUGCGCUCCUUCAGCAGGCGUGUGGCUCAGAUGCAGGUUUCUGACUGGCAUCUGAAGACUCGUCUGGCGCUCCUCUACUACAGCAGUUCAGUGCACAUCGACCAACGCUUCACAGACUGGCAGGACUUUGACGUCUUCCUGAGUAGAUCGGCAGACGCCAUCUACAUCGGUCAGGGAACGUAUUCGACAUAUGCCAUAUCCAACGCCACCCAGCUCUUCACCAGCGAGACCAAGGAGCAGAGCGUUCGGGUGGCCCUGCUCAUGACCGACGGCAUCGACCAUCCGAGGAAUCCUGACAUCAUGGCGGCGGUCGCUGAGGCCAAAGGCCACAAAAUUAAGAUCUUCACUAUAGGCUUAUCAAACCUGGCGAAGGACAGUGCCAAGCUGCGGUUGGUAGCGAGCAGUCCAUCCCAGCAAUACUCCCACAGCCUCACUGACCCCAAACUGGAAGAACGGCUCCUGCAGCAGCUCGAAAUAAUUGCAAAGAAUGAAUGCCCACGACCACCGGUGUGUUUGUGUGAGAAAGGUGAUCGAGGUCUUCCAGGAGCUUCUGGUAAAAAAGGAGACCAAGGUUAUGAAGGACCGCCUGGUACAAAAGGCUCAAGGGGGGAAACAGGAGCACCUGGUCUUCCAGGAAUCAAUGGUCCAGAGGGAAGAUCUGGGUUCAAAGGUGAUAAGGGGGAUCAAGGUAACUGUGGACCACCAGGGCAAAAGGGACAUAAAGGCACUGAAGGGCCUCCAGGACCGAGGGGCCCCAGAGGAGAGCAGGGUCUGAAAGGGCCUCCAGGGGACCAGGGGCAAGAGGGUCAAGGAGGACCCAAAGGGGACCGAGGGCCGGCUGGUGCGUCUGGCCCGCCGGGAGAUAUUGGGAUUGGAUUCCCUGGACCAAAGGGCGACAAAGGAAACCCCGGAAGACCAGGUCCUCUAGGUCAGGUUGGCAUUGGUCAGCCAGGUCAAUCUGGUCCUCCGGGUUUACCAGGAUCACAGGGGAACCCAGGAGCUCCAGGCGAGGGACUCCCUGGCCCAAAGGGUGACCGUGGCUAUGUCGGCCCUACUGGUGGACGUGGACCCCCAGGUUAUGGAGUCAGAGGUGAAAAGGGCAACGCGGGACCUUCUGGAACUCCUGGACCAAUAGGAAUGCCUGGCAGGGGAAUUCAAGGAGAGAAAGGGAAUCAGGGACCAGCUGGUCCUCCUGGUCAGAGAGGGAAUCCUGGGAUAGGACUUAUGGGUACAAAGGGAGAACAGGGAUUCCCUGGAGAUCCUGGAGCCACUGGAGAAAGAGGAAUCGGAGAACCAGGACCCAAAGGUGAACUUGGAUUCCAAGGUUUACAAGGUGAACCAGGUGUACCAGGUGAAGAUGGGACCAUGGGACCAAAGGGUGAUUUAGGCCUACCAGGACCCAAAGGACAAGACGGACCUCCUGGAAGAGGCCAACCAGGAGAGAAGGGGGAUCGGGGGGAGAGGGGCUCCAGAGGCCAACCAGGGCCAAUGGGACCAGUUGGGCCAAUAGGGGGAAAGGGAAACCCAGGGAAUGUUGGACUUCCAGGUGUUCCUGGGCCUUCAGGAAGAGGCAUACCCGGAGCUAAGGGAGAUCCAGGGCCAGUUGGUCCACCAGGACUUGCUGGAGAAACAGGGAUAGGCAUUGCAGGGCCGAAGGGUGAAAUAGGGUUACGAGGACCCAUUGGACCUCCAGGGCUGAAGGGAGAAGGCUAUCCCGGCCCACCUGGGACACAAGGUCUUCCAGGUCUUACAGGAGAGACUGGGCCAGAGGGUACAGGUUUACCUGGACCAAAGGGGGAUCGAGGCCCUCCAGGUCGCCCGGGGCCUGAUGGAGCACCAGGUCUUGGUCAGGUGGGCCCAAAGGGCUCCAUUGGUCAGACUGGUCCAGCUGGUCCUCCAGGUAUACCAGGAGAGGGCAUACAAGGACCAAAGGGUGAGCCUGGAUAUCAGGGUAUACAGGGGCCAAGGGGGUCCACUGGAGAGGGUCUGCCGGGACAGAAGGGGGAUCGUGGGUUACCUGGAGCACAAGGACGCAAAGGGGACAGAGGAAACCCUGGAGAAUCAGGAUUUACAGGACCACCGGGUAAUUCAGGAACAAAAGGAGAUCCUGGUCUCACGAGAGAAGAAAUAAUCACUCUAAUCAGAUCUAUUUGUGGUUGUGGCCGGAUAUGCAGAGUAAAACCUCUUGAGCUGGUGUUUGUGAUUGACAGCUCUGAGAGUGUCGGCCCGGAUAACUUUGAAGUCAUUAAAGACUUUGUGAAUACCUUGAUCGACCGCGUGUCAGUCAGUCCGGAGGUGACGCGUGUAGGGGUCGUUCUCUACAGCCACAUUAACCUGGUGGUCACAAGGAUACAAGACAGGUUAACUCGUGAUGGAGUGAAAGCAGCUGUGCGCAGGAUGCCCUAUAUUGGAGAGGGCACUUACACAGGUAGUGGCAUCAGAAAGGCCAAUGAGAUCUUCCGCUUUGCUCGCCCUGGUGUGAAGAAAGUGGCGGUGGUUAUUACGGAUGGCCAGACGGACCACCGUGACACGGUGAAGCUGGAGGAUGCGGUCAGAGAGGCUCAUUCAGCCAAUAUCACCAUGUUCGCUAUAGGAGUGGUUAAUCAAAGUGACCCGAUUUAUGAUGAUUUUAAGGAGGAGCUGAAGUCAAUAGCAUCCCCGCCCACUGAGGAGCAUGUGUUUUCCAUAGAAGACUUCAGAAUGCUUCCUGAAGUGGAAAGUAAAUUGCUCCAAAAGGUCUGUGAGAACAUUGAUGGAUCAAUAUUCAGCACUACCUCCAGCUUUAAGCCAGAUGCACUUGGAGAGGUUGGCGUGUUCCCCUAUGAUCCUAAAUCAGACGACAUGGACAUUAUCGAGACCAUAACACCAUAUUUGGAAAGGGAUGACUUGAACCGCCUCCCAGAUUUCUCUCUCACGUCUUUGGACCGGCCACAUAAGGGCACAUACUGGACUGACCCGACACGCAGACCAACUGACCCGCCGCUGCUCAUACAGAACGAUUUUACUGCAGAAGAGGGGUGCCUGGAGCCUCUGGAUCCUGGUCCGUGUCGAGAGUAUGUUGUUAAAUGGUAUUUUGAUCCUAAGGCCAAUUCAUGUGCUCAGUUCUGGUUUGGAGGUUGCAAUGGCAACAAAAACCGAUUUGAUAGUGAACAGAUCUGCAGAAAAUCCUGUGCGAAAAUGUAAGUCUUAUCAUUAGAGCACUGAAACUGAUGCAAAAGGAUGGGAUACUAAAAAAAAAAAAAGAAAAGAAAAAAGAAAUAAAGCUAUGGGGGCAAGUUAUUAUUUAAAAUAUUUUAGCUUUUAAUAUUUAACUGUGAACAUUUUAAAUA